AAAAUCCCAAAAAAAAAAAGAAUGUUUACCAUCUGUUUGAUCUGUUAAUUCUGUUUACUCACAAACAUUGUAUGUAAUGUAGGUAAUAGGUAUUAUUUACGAUUUUCGAUAAAUAUGUGAAAUGGCUGUCAAGGAAACAAGGAGAAUAAAUAAAAAAGUUCCAGGUCUAUUGCCACCACCUCCAAAGAGUGAAAUUGAUGGCAAACUUUCUGAUUUAGGUUCUAAAAUGAUACCCGAGCUUAUAGAGCUCCGGGAUCGGCAAAGGAAAUUAUUAAAUAAUAGAAAUUUCAUAAGUAAAUUACCUGAUAAAGGAGCCAAAAUUCAGGCUCUUUAUGAUAAAAUUGAACUUGAAAUAAAAUCAAAACAAGAAGAAGAAAUUACUAGUAAACUUUUCAGCAAUAUGAACUUAACGCCCCUGGAUAAGGAAUCUGUAGAAGACAUGGAAUGGAAAGGUAAAAUUGAGUAUCAUAAACACACAUGUCUUGAUUCUGAUGAUGAUAGUGACCCUGAAGAUGUGCUACAAAUAUUAACUCAACACACCGAUGAUAAGAAGAAAGUCAAGAUCAUUAAACCUGAAAAAUCGUCAAUAACUCCUGAAGAUCUUUUAAAUAUUGAUGAAAUUCCACAUGUUAGAUAUAUAGUUCAAAAAACUGAAAGCAAUAUUAAGGCCAAAGAAAAUUUUAAGCCAUACAAGACAACCAAAUCUAAUGCACAUGAUCCUGACAAAGAAAUGUUAAGAAAGAAGAAUAAACAUUGGGAAAUUACAGCUGCAACACCCCCUCCAAUUGUCCAUGGACCUGCAAAGAUUUUAAGCAUAAAUGAGUCCUUAAAUUUACAAAAGAACCAUAAUAUACACUUGAAAGAAAUUGAAACCAAACAUGCUGCUGAGAAAUUGCUGGAAAAAGUUGGACUUAAAAUGCCAGAGCUACCAAAAGAUACUGCUAUAUUUGGAGAAUAUAGAACUAUUGAGAGGUUUGUGAGUGAUGAUUCAGAAACAGACUCGGAUCCUGAAGGAAGUGAUAAAGAGGUUCAUGAUGAUGAACCAGAGAGAGGGGGGGUUAUCAUUAAUGUCCUUAAAUGAGUUAUAUUUUGUUGAAAACAGAAUUAUACAAUAUGAUUGUAGGAUUAUCUUGAUAAUCUUAACACCAGUGUGAGAUUUGUAUAUAUUUGGAUUUGAAAAAGCCUAAUAUUUUAAAACAAAUACAUAGUCCAAAUGCACAGAAAAUAUUAAUUAGGUACCUAUAUUUAUUGUGCUAUUUGCUAGGCAAAGAAGCUAAACCCAUGAAUCUAGCCAAAAAUGGGGAGUAGAAUUGGACCAGUGCAACCUUAUACAACUCACAAAAAUGAAUGGCAUUCGCAAAGCAAAACUGAUACAAUUAAUAAAUAUACCUCUGGUAAACUGAAAAUGUAUAGAAAGAAUACAAAAACAAGAUGGAUAAUGGAUAGGUAUUUUUAAUUUAGUAACACCUAUAUAAUUUAAUCUUACAAAUAUUUUUUGAUAUUAAAAACUAUCAAGCUGCUACUUAUAAAAUAAGAAACAAAUAUUGAUAGCUUUAUUCUAAAGAGAAGCUCCUAUUUUUUUUAAUCAGUUUAUUCCAACUUUGCCAUUGAAUUUGAAACUAUAAAAGCAUGGUCUCUGUCUAUACUAUAUUUUUUUAGAAUUACCUAAAGAAGGAUAUGAUUUUCCUAUAACUGUAUAUACCCCACAAUAGUUGCUAAGCUGUCUAAUCAAAUUUUUAGCUCUCCCAAAAGCCUAAAAGACAGUUAUGCACAGUAGAUUAAUUAGUCUAGGACAAUAACAACAACUUUUAAUUUCUGGGGCAACCUGGCAUGUUUUAUCCUCAUGUGGUUUAAAUUUUUGCGAAACAUAAAAGUUUCUCUGAACAAUACAAAUCUCUGCAGGUAUGAGAUCACUCAUGAUACAGUCCGAUGUGCAAUAGUUGUUAACUUACUUUAAACUUUAAUUUAAAAAAUAAUAUAAUAGUUUCCUUUAAAUAAAACACUUUUUAAUGGAUUAAAAUGUGUGUCAUUGUAACUGUUUUAUAUUUUGCGUAAGUUAAAUUUUUUAAUAUUAUUUUAGUUAACCCAACAUGUAAAGACCUUUCCAGAUUUCGUUUUCAGCGGGACUGCAGAUGAAAUAGUUUCCUGUACUGUUAAUGUUGCUAUUAUGUGCGACAUGUGUGCAGACCUGCAGCAAGACCAUAUUUGUAUGAGCAAAGCAAUAAUUAUUGUACACAAGUAACAGGGAUAGGUAUUCUGUAAAAUGCUAUGAAUCUUUUAUUUUAGUCUUGUGAUUUACAUUAUUAUUGUGUCAACAGCAUUACGAUUUAUCUGGUGUUAGAUUAUCAAGAACCAACUAUAUUUAAGCAUGUAUUUUUGAUAUUAUUGUAAAACACUAAAAAAUGUAAUUAAAUUGUUUUAAGAACAGAUAA